UCCCAUCAUCUAGUCCGACUUCCAUUCCCCCUCAAAACAAACGACAACAACAACAGACGACCAACGCCGCAUUCCAGAGGGGGCCAUUGGAUAAUUCGACACCUCACCCCUCGCCUACUCCGGUAGUGUGGAUCCAUCGAGAAAAUUCCUGAUCCAUACACACCCUUGCCAUUUCUACGCUAGGGCGCUUGCCGCUACGUAGUUACUGACAUGGCCGACGAUGACCGCCCUUUCACUCCACGCCGGAGCCGAUUCCAGGAGGGCACGAUGAACUCGAUGAACAGCAUACACCCGCCGCCCGAGGAGCUCUGGGUGGAACUGGGUAUCGAGGACAUAAUCAGGAGAGCGAACGAAGACAGCCAGAGGGCUAAUCCUCGUAAACGAUCCGCACCGGACUCGAGUACCGACGAUGGGGAUGUUGUCACCGCCAUCACCACGUCAGAGUCUUCGCAGAGCCUGCAAUCGAACCACCAAAACAUCUUCGAGCGGUUCUCUCGAGCUGCGUCGUCCUUCUUCCGCGGGAAUGGAUUCAGCACCCUAGGAAAGCGGAAAGCAGGCGAAAGAGAUGCCGUAAAGGAGGCAUCGUCCCUGAAGAAGGCCUCCUCGGCGGAGAGGGAGCUGCUCAAGGUGGCAGACAAGGAAAACAUAAACACACCGGCCCGGGAGAGCAGAAAGGAGGAGUACGAGCGCGCAUACGCCGAGGCCAAGGAGAAAGGGUUGCUCCCCAAGCCGCAGGUGUUCGUACGACCUCGUGCUACCCCACGUGGUACACCGCGUCCUGCUUCCGCCCGUAAAGAGAACAGCAAUGGCCCCGAGACUCCCAUGCCAGCAUCGACGCUCCGCGCCUCAGCGAGCAAGAAAGACCUAGCCAAGCAAGUGAAACUGUCGAAACGGGUCUCCGACCUGGAGCAAAAGCUCGCAGUCGCCCGCAAACAGCUCCACGAUGCCAUUGGCGAGCCCAUGCCAACCCUGCCAACCCUGCCUCCCACGCCGAACACUGCAACAACAUCACGAUCGCAGAAGAUCUUCACGCCCGUCCCCGUCCCAGUCGACACACCAUCGACAGCACCAAUCAAGGAGAACCUGGACUCAGAAGACAACUCAUCAUCCGCAGCAGCAACGACCACCGACUCCGGAAGCGUAUAUGCCGCCGCUGCUCCUGCCCCAAAACGCACCCCCAGCUCAGCAGGCAAGAUCGUGAAGAAGCGCAAGGCGAGCACCAGCCACGGCUACGACUCGAGCGGGGAGUAUAGGCCCAUCCCCACAGAAUCAGACUACGACGAGUCGGACCUGUCCGAGAAGAAGACGCCCAACAAGCGUCGGCGCAACCGCGGAGGGGGCCGCUUGACGAAGAAGCGGUCGGGCGUCAAACCGCGGCAGCAGCAGGAUAGCGACGUCGUCAUGGCUGAUGGCAGCGACGGAGCAGCAGCAGGCGACGUGGACGACAGGAGCAGAGAGAGCAGCGUCGUGAUGAUCGUGCCCGACGGCGUCGUUGUCCCACCAAUUCCAUCCAUUCCCAAGGAUGUGCAGGGCAAGAGAGCGCAGAUCAAGGAGACAGACGGCUUUGGCGGGUAUGGCCAUGAGAUCUUUUGAGUAUGCUCAUCCUACGCUUGGUCAGUAUCUUCGUCGUUGGAUUCCCGACCUUCCUCCCUAUCACCGUAUCAUUCCUGUUCGCCAGACCCAUCACCUAAAACCACAGAACCCUCUUCCUAUUCCGCUAAAAAAUCCUUUCGUCGUUCACCCAUUCAUCCAUUCAAGCGAGCGAGCAACCUCCAUUAAAAACGAGCAAAGGCGUCUGUUUGAUUCUGGGGUCGUCUCUCUCUAGGAGACCUUUCUUUCUAUUUCAUUUCUGGUGUUUUGUUUUAACGUUACCGUUUGACGAAAGACAUGACUCUCUCAUGACCUACAAACUGUUCUCUUUCUUGGCGCAUUCCUGCUUCGUUGAGGUGCAUAGCCUACCUAGUAUAUAUUUACCUCUUCGAAACAAUAAUACUGAUACCGAUACCGACC